AUGUCAUCGACGACGGCAACGAAAGAGGUUGCCGAUGGCGCCGAAGAUCGCUCUCGCCGCGAACGAAAGCGCCAAUUACACCAUCUCAAUUCCCGAGCCUGGUCCGGCGAACCGAACCUCUUCAAAACCUCCUCCUCUCUUGAUUCCUCACUCAAGAAAAACACAGCCUUCAUCAAGAAAGUCCGUACAGCACUCACCGCGGAGAAACAAGCAGAGUUGUUGAAGGAUGUACAAUCAUUGAGUUUAGAGAAGUAUUUGAGUGAGGUUGUUAGUGGUGUCGCGGAGGGUCUUGGGACGUGUAAGACGCAGGCUGCGGUGUUGGCUGGGGUUGAGAUUGUGUCGGCGUUGCAUCAGAGGUUUUCGACCAGGUUUACGCCGUAUUUGACUCAGCGGAUCUAUCAGGCUUUGUUGCCGCCGUCUAAGAGUUAUUUGAAGGGGUUGUCACCCGAGCAGCGCGAGAAAGAGGAAAAUACACGAAUCAGCCGUCAACGCGUCCUCAUCCGUGUCGCGACCGAAUUCUGGCUCGCUGGCAUCUUGCGCAAGGCGGAAGAUGGGCGCGAGUUGGGGGAGGAGUACGUCGAUCAUGGAAAAGCAGAGGGUGCGCCGUUGCCGUUGACGGUUAUGAGGGGUCUGCUGAAGGAUGAUAAGGAACUCGUGAAUUUACCUCUGGCGGUUGGGUUUGUGAAGAAUUUUGGGUUUGAUGUCCUUGGGGCUCGCACUCGCACCGUCCGCAAAACGGCUGAGGGCGAGGCAGCUGCCGAAGCAGCCAACGGGGCCGAAGGUGACCACACGGAAGACACUCCCUUGGCUGAUGGAACCGUGCGGGAUGAGACGCGCGAGCUCCUCACAGGCUACUGGGAAUCCGUCAAAUAUGCCCUCGUCCGCCACCAAAAGCAAAUCAACGCAACAGCACGUCGAAAUGCCGAACACCUCAUCUCCUCCGGACAAACUUUCGAGGAUCGUCAAACCGCAUUCAACAAGCUCCUCCGCGCCCAAGAAAAGUUCGUCAGCUCCGCUCAAACAUUGGCUGAUGCUUUGGGUGUUGAGAUGCCGCACCUACCAACCCCGGAGGAGGAUAGGCCGGAGAGUGUGGUUAGGGCACUUGGAAGCGUGGCGGAGGGCGGGAGGAGGGAGGGGGAGACGGUGGGGAGUUUGUGGGAGGAUGAGGAUAGUAGGAGGUUUUAUGAGGAGGUUGUGGAUUUGAGUACGAGAGUUCCUGGCAUAUUCUUGGAGGCCGGGAAGAAGUCGGCUGAAGAGGAAGCCGCUAAGGAAGGUGAGAAGAAGGAUAAGGUGGAGGGGACGGGGGCUGUGGGGGAGGAGGGGGGUGAGAUGGAUUUGGAUGAGGAUGAAGAUGAGAAGGAGGAGGAGGGUGAUGGCGCUGAUGCUGCGCCGACGAAGACGAUUGGAGCACAGGUCGAUGCCUUGCUCUUGCGUCUCCCCGAACUCACAAACCGUGAUCUCAUCGAUGAAUUCGCCGUCGAUUUCUGUUUCGUCAACUCCAAAGCAUCGCGGAAUAGGCUCAUCAAAACCCUUUACGAGAUCCCGAGAUCGCGACAGGAUUUGUUGCCGUAUUAUGCAAGGCUUAUCGCGACGCUGGCGCCUUGGAUGCCAGAUAUAAGGGACAAAGUGGUGGAGAAACUCGAUAAGGAGUUUCGGCGCCUUCAGCGGAUGCGGGAAAAGGACUUGGCAGAGUCUCGGGCGAAGAACAUCAAGUAUCUCUCCGAACUGACAAAAUUCAAGAUCUGCCCUCCGCAUGUGGUUUUUCACUGCAUGAAAAUAACACUCGAGGAUUUUAAUCGGAGUAAUAUUGAGAUCUUGUGUCAUUUGUUGGAGAAUUGUGGGAGGUUUUUGUUUAGGUAUGGGGAGACGAGUGGGCGGAUGGGACAGAUGCUCGAAAUCCUAAAUCGGAAGAAGAGUUCGGCGCAUUUGGGCGGGCAGGAGAGGGUUAUGGUUGAGAAUGCGUUUUACCAAGUUAAUCCGCCUGAACGUGCCGCGAUUCAGCAGAAGGACCGGAGUCCGGUUGAGUUGUAUGUGAGGAAACUCGUUUACCUUGAUUUGAGCAAGAAGAACGUUGCGAAGAUUUUGAAGCAGUUGAGGAAAGUGAAUUGGCAGGAUCCGAAGAUGGUGGGGUUGUUGACGAAGAUCUUUACCAAGCCGUGGAAGAUCAAGUUUGCGAAUCUGCAUUAUUUGGCCAUUUUGGUGGGUGGGUUGAGCAAGUAUCAUCCCGAGUUUGCGGUUGCUGUUGUUGAUGAUGUGCUUGAACAGAUUCGGCUUGGGUUGGAGCAGAAUAUCUUCAAGCAUAAUCAGAGGCGGAUUGCCGCUGUGAAGUAUUUGGGUGAGUUGUACAACUACAAAAUGGUGGAAACAUCAGUUAUCUUCGACACGCUUUAUUUGAUUGUAACGCUUGGUCAUGAGAAUGGACGCCCUAUGCCGGGGAGGUUGACGCCCCUUGAUCCUCCGGAUGACUUCUUCCGGGUGAGGCUUGUUUGUGCGUUGUUGGAGAGUUGUGGGAUGUGCUUCGAUCGUGGAAACUCGAAGAAGAAGUUGGAUAUGUUUUUGGCAUUUUUCCAGUUCUAUAUCCAUACCAAGGCGACGUUGCCGAUGGAUGUGGAGUUUGGUGUCCAGGAUGCGUUUCAGCUUAUUCGACCGGACUUCAAGGUUCAUACGAGUUUGGAGGAGGCGGCGAAGGAGCUGGAUGAGAUUGUUGCGAGGCAAAUGCCGCAGAGGGCUGCUGAGGCUAAGCCGGAGGAGGUUGAUGUUGAGUCUGAUGAAGGGGAGUCGGAGGAUGAGGACGAGGAAGGUAUCGAUGUUGAGGAGGAACUUGAGGCUGAGGAAGACAAGGAGGCAGAGGUUGAGUCAGAUGAUGAUGAGGACUCUGAAGAUGAAGAAGAGUCCGAUGAAGAGGAAGAGGUGGAUGUCGUGGUUAGGCGUCAACGUGAGGUUGAUCCUGAGGAGGAAGCAGAGUUCGAGAGAGAGUUUGCAAAAAUGAUGAGUGAGAGCUUAGAGACGAGGAAGUUUGAGCGGAAACAGGUGUUUGACGUACCUUUGCCUGUCAAGAGGCACGUUCCGCAGCAUGCUGCAACCGCCGAGCCGGCUUCGACUCCCGCUGCCCCCAACGGCCUCGCAUUCACCUUCCUCACCAAACGAGGUAACAAACAACAGCUUCGCCCUCUCGCUGUACCAGAAGACUCCGCCCUCGCCAUCGCUACGAAGAACAAGCAGGAAGCCGAACGUGCCGAGCAGCAAAAAAUCAAGUCACUUGUGCUUAACUAUGAGAGGACGCAGGAGGAUGAGGAGAAGCAGGCUUUGGCAGCUUCGGCGGCGAGGAAUGGGAUGACGUUGAGGUUUGGGGAUGUUAGGGGCGGUAAGAUGUUGAGGAAGGGCUUGGAGCUGCCGACUGAGUGGACUUAA